AUGGCCCCUCAAAUACUCCCUUUUAGAGAUGUCAAUCUACAUGCAUCACCGUCUCACUAUGCGUUCACCUCCCCGUCCUCCCCCCAGGCACCAACACUAGUUGUGGACCGGCCGACUGGCGACCUUCGCCUUAGCGAUGGCCUUUCCGUUUCAGGCACCAAGCGCAUUUCUAGCAUUGCUGGAAUCUUGGGAAUAAUCAAGCUGAAGCUGGACAAGUACAUCAUAGUCAUCACCAAGGCGCAGCCGAUGGGACGCCUACGCGGCCAUAUGGUGUACAAGGUCGCCUCAACGGAAUUCCUUCCCAUGCGUGAACGCCCGCUCCACGAUACCGAUGAAGACACGUACCUUGCGCUGAUCAAAGACAUGUUGCGCACCGGGCCCAUGUACUUCUCCUACUCCCUGGAUCUCACCAACAGCUUCCAGCGCCAAUCGCAAAGUGCUCCCAAUAUCCCUAUGUGGAAGCGUGCCGACGACCGUUUCUUCUGGAACCGCUUCGUUCAGUCAGACCUGAUCGACUUCAGCCUGGGAGAAAGUGACACGAGCGGCAUUCGCUAUGGCCCCCAGCCGGGCGUCGAUCCCUACAUCCUCCCCGUCAUGUUCGGAAUGAUGCGCAUCACUCCCGCCCGAGUCAAGGGAACGUCAUUCACAUUCGCGCUCGUUACCCGACGAUCCAGACACCGCGCCGGGACUAGAUAUUUCUCUCGAGGAAUCGACGAGCAGGGCCACGUCUCGAAUUACAACGAAACAGAGCAGAUUGUGAUCCUGAACGAUGCGACAGGUGGACUUUCAGGCUUUGCGGGAGGAGAGUCGAUGACCAAUGGCAAAGCUAGCCAGGACCUUCAGGUGUACUCAUUUGUGCAAACUCGAGGCAGUGUGCCUGUGUUCUGGGCCGAAGUCAACGACCUCAAAUACACGCCCAAGCUCCAGGUCCGGGGUGUCGAUACCGCAGUCGAAGCUGCGCGCAAGCAUUUCUCCGAGCAGAUCCGUCUUUAUGGAGAAAACUACAUGGUUAAUCUCGUCAACCAGAAGGGCAGGGAGGAACGCGUCAAGAAAGCGUACGAGCAGCUGGUUCGAACUCUCAUCUCUUCUUCAACUGAGACCACCGAGGCUGAUCACAUGACUUCCGAGAAGAUGCACAUCUUGGAGCCUGGUCUCAAGCAGAAAGAGAUGGAUCGUUUGCAUUAUAUUUAUUUUGAUUUCCACAACGAGACCAAAGGCCUCAAAUGGCACCGUGCUGAACUCCUGAUGGGUCGGUUGCAAGACGGACUGACCCAAGGUGGUUACUUCAGGGGUGUGGAAUCUCCAGGAGUUCCCGGCGGACAGCUAGAGGCUCGGUCGACACAAAGCAGCGUCGUGCGGACCAAUUGUAUGGAUUGUCUCGACCGAACCAACGUUGUGCAGAGCAUGCUUGGCCGGUGGGCGGUUACGCGACAGCUUACGGAUGCUGGUGUUCUUCGCCAGGGCGAAGCGGCCAACGAUGACCGCGAGUUCGAGGAUCUUUUCCGGAAUAUCUGGGCCGACAAUGCCGAUGUCGUCUCCAAGUCCUACUCCGGUACAGGUGCUUUGAAGACCGACUUCACCCGCACAGGCAAGCGUACCCGGGCUGGCGCUCUUCAAGAUUUGAGAAACUCUAUCACAAGAUAUGUGCGCAAUAACUUUAUGGAUGGACCCCGCCAAGAUGGAUUUGAUGUGUUUUUGGGCGUCUAUCUCCCCUCUGCCUCAGGACCCGCUAAUGUCCAGCUGUUCCUGGACCGGCGGCCUGUCAUCAUCCAAGCCAUUCCGUACGUUUUCGCGGCCAGUCUGUUCUUGGUUCUUGUGGCGACUCUCACAAGACAACUACCCGAUGCCGCUGUCUGGCCACUGCGCAUUUUCAUGAUCUUUUGGUUAGUGGUUGGCGCGUACUGCUUCCGCUUCAUUCACGGCCACGGCAUGCUCUAUGUCAACUGGCCGAAGCUGAACACACCCAUUGCCGGCGCCGAGGGAUACCAAGAUGCUAUGAUCAAAGCACGCUCUGAUCCUAUCAUCGGAAACUGGCUUCCUAACAGAAGACACCAGCGCGGCAUCAGCAAUGCCCGUCUCGUCUUCCUCGAGGAGGGCAAGACCAGGAUCGAAUGA